AUGGGUAGCAAGAACGUUGAUGUCGGGGUCUUGCCCACCGAUGGAGAGUCACACAGGGACGUAGAGGCGUCGUUGGGAGACCAGAUCAAUCACGAUGGCGACUUCGUUACGAACCUGGAAAACAACAAUCUUCAGCGUGGUCUUCGUCAGCGUCACAUCCAGAUGAUAGCUAUUGCUGGCGCCAUUGGAACCGGGUUGUUUCUUGGACUGGGAGGCUCAAUUCAAACAGGCGGACCACUUGGAGCCCUGUUGGGGUAUGCAACAGUUGGACUUGUCGUUUGCGCUGUGCAAUUCGCCUUGGGGGAAGUCGCAGCUCUUCUUCCUGUCACUGGAUCAUUUGUUCGUCACGGUGAAUUCCUUGUCGAUCCUGCCUUUGGAUUUGCAAUCGGUCUCAACAUUGUCUAUGGCAAUCUACUAUCGGUUCCAGCCGAGAUCUCGGCCAUUUGCGUGCUGUUCCAGUUCUGGACGGAUCUGACUCCAGCGGUCUGGAUAUGCAUCUUUAUCUUCCUCACAGUUGCUGUUGGCAUUUCCUUUGUCGGCAUCUACGGAGAGGUUGAAUUCUUCUUCGCAUGCUUGAAGAUCCUCCUAGUCAUUUUUCUCAUCAUCCUGGGUCUCGUGAUCGAUCUUGGGGGGAUUCCUGGGCAACAAAGAAUUGGUUUCCGGUACUGGAAGUCCCCUGGUCCAUUUGUCGAGUACAUUGCUACUGGUCCGUGGGGUAAAUUCCUCGGCUACUGGGCCGUCAUGACCAAUGCAGUCUUUAGUUUCGCUGGUGUCGAAAGUCUGGCAAUGGCUGCAGCUGAAACACAAAACCCACGAAAGAACAUUCCCAAAGCUUGUAAGAAGGUCUUCGCCCGAGUGGUCAUCUUCUACAUCCUCGCAGUUCUCAUCGUGGGAAUGAUCGUUGCAAGCGACGAUCCUAGGCUCAACGACUACAGCGGUGACGCAACGACAAGUCCCUUUGUCAUCGUUGCUUCUGCAGCUGGACUUAAGGCCAUCCCAUCUAUCGUCAAUGCAGUGGUGAUAACUUCGGCUUGGUCCUCAUCUAAUCAAGCACUACUCUCGGGUACACGUGUGCUCUUCGGACUUGCAAUCAAAGGCCAAGCUCCAAAGAUCUUCUUGAGAACGACGUCAUGGGGCGUACCGUACGUCUGCGUGUUGUUCAAUACAUCUUUCAUGUUCCUUGCUUUCAUGGCGCUAUCAAGUAAUGCCAUGACGGUGUUUUGGUGGUUGGUUGAUCUCACGGCUGCUGGUGUGCUCGUGUCGUGGUCGGCUAUCCUCUUCAAUCACAUUCGCCUGUGCAUGGCGAUGAGGAAGCAAGGCAUUUCGCUCAACGAACUGCCUUUCCACAGUCAUUGGACUACAUACUCCUCGCCGGCCGCCCUCGUCAUGUGCCUGACUAUACUAUUCACUGGUGGCUUCUCCACCUUUACGAAAGGUAACUGGUCAGCGAGCAGCUUUGUCUCUGCGUACCUCGAUAUACCACUCGUCCUUGCGGCCUUUCUGCUUUGGAAGUUCAUCAAAGGUACAAGUUUUGUAUCAUUAGCCGAGAUACCAAUUCGCGAAGCACUCGAGGAGAUUCUCAAGAACCCAGAGCCAGUUGAAGCAAAAGCAACAGGUUGGAGAAAGAUCCCAGCUUUUCUCUUCGAUUGA